AUGAAAAAAAUUAACCUGCUCUUCAUGCCCGCUCCCCGGGCCACCUACGGCAGGCGCCGGGCAAGCCGGGAAGCACCGGGGGUUUACCCGCGGGCCCCGGCGGCGCAGCCGGGCGGGGGAACCAGAGACUCGGCCGCCCGCCCAGCUCCGGACCCGGCCAAAACCGGGAGGAAACCCUGGCGUCAAGGCCGCAACCAAACCGUCGGGAAACCCCGUUCCUCGUCACCGCCGCGCCGGACGCGGGGCCUCGGGGUGAAACCGAAGCCCACCGCGGCCAGCUCCCCGCACACGAGCCCGCCCGCCCCGGAGGCCCGGAGACCCCGCCACCGCGGGACCCCCGCCCGCCCCGGAGGCCCGGAGACCCCGCCACCGCGGGACACCCGCCCGCCCCGGAGGCCCGGAGACCCCGCCACCGCGGGGACCCCCCCCCCCCGGACCCCCGCCCGCCCCGGAGGCCCCGCCACCGCGAGACCCCCGCCCGCCCCGGAGGCCCCGCCACCGCGGGACCCCCGCCCGCCCCGGAGGCCCCGCCACCGCGGGGACCCCCCCCCCCCCCGGGACCCCCGCCCGCCCCGGAGGCCCCGCCACCGCGAGACCCCCGCCCGCCCCGGAGGCCCCGCCACCGCGAGACCCCCGCCCGCCCCGGAGGCCCCGCCACCGCGAAACCCCCGCCCGCCCCGGAGGCCCCGCCACCGCGGGACCCCCCCCCCCCCGGGACCCCCGCCCGCCCCGGAGGCCCGCCACCGCGGGACCCCCCCCCCCGGGACCCCCGCCCGCCCCGGAGGCCCCGCCACCGCGGGACCCCACCCGGGACCCCCGCCCGCCCCGGAGGCCCCGCCACCCCGGGACCCCCCCCCCCCCGGGACCCCCGCCCGCCCCAGAGGCCCCGCCCGCCCCGGAGGCCCCGCCACCCCGGGACCCCCGCCCGCCCCGGAGGCCCCGCCACCCCGGGACCCCCGCCCGCCCCGGAGGCCCCGCCACCCCGGGACCCCCGCCCGCCCCGGAGGCCCCGCCACCGCGGGACCCCCGCCCGCCCCGGAGGCCUCGCCGCCCCAGAACCCCCACCCCGGAGGCCCGGAAGCGUCGCCGUCCGUCCCGGAGGCCUCGGAGGCGGGCUCGCCGGAGCCCCCGUCCGCCCCGGAGGCCUCCUCUCACCACGAAGCGGCGGCGCCCACCGAGAGGCGCCCGCGCUCACAGCCGCUCAGCUCCCGCGACCCCCAGAGCUGCCCAGCUGGACCGUUGCCGGCGCGCCGUGACGUCAGCGCGCCCGGCCGCCGCGCGAGGGCUCUCGGGAGUCCAGAAGUGGCGCAUCCGGGGCUACGCCCAUGGGAGGGGAAGCCGCGCGGCCGCCGGCGGCGCCAGGCCGCGGUCCCCGGCCCUUGUGGCCAGCACGCCCCGCGGGACGCGGCUGGAGAGCACGGCGGGCCCGUCCCUGGCCGGAGCUCGGUCGCCUGCCCCGGCGCGGCCCACGGAGGACGAGGCUGGCGGCCGCCCCCUCCCGGCGGCGCUGCGGACCCGGCCUGCGGCGGCCGACGACGUCUCCAGCGGCCGCCGGCGGCGCUGGUUCUCUUCAGGGCGGCCUGGAGCUCGGGACCCCGCCCCGGAGCCGCGGUCCCAGGCCCGCACCCCACGCCCUCCUCCGCGGGACCGACCCGCCCGCCGGGGAACCCCGGGGCCCAGCGUGGCCCCGGCGGCCGGGGGAACUCCGCGCCCGGCCGCUCCCGCCCCCGUCCUUUCGGCCCGGCCCGCGGGUCGGGGCUCCGGCCCAGCGUGAGUAGUGGAGCCGCCCGUCAGAGAAGCGGCGCCGGGGGUCCCGAACCCCCCGAGCCAGUGCCCCGCGAAAGGCUGCGCAAUAUCCAGACAUAG